AUGAACAAUUAUAAUGAUUUAUUCAUUAUUAUUAUUAUUAUCAUUAUACAUUGUAUUAUUCAUGAUAAAUAUUAUUCAAUGUUUCAAUCAAUUGAAUCAUAUUCAACAAUAAAUCUAUAUAGAAAUCAAUUGCAUUUACUAUCAUUAUUACUAUUAGUAGUAUUGGUAUUAUUAUUAUCAUUAACAAAUGUAAAUCAAUGGAAAACUAUAUUACAUAAUCGAUUACAUUUAUUAUAUAAUGAUAUUACAAAUGUAAUCUAUCAAUUAUAUUUUUAUAUUAUUCGAAAACAUUUAUCGAUUUAUGAUCAAUUAUCAAUUAAUCAAUAUAUUGAUAAAUCACUAUGGUUAUUAUUAAGUAAGAAUACGUUAAGAUACAUUCCUAAACAAUUAAUUCAAUUAUUCAAUGUGUUACUAACAUUAAUCAAUGAUAUUAAUGAUAAAUUACAACAUUUAUUCUUUAUAUCUUAUAUGAAAUUUAAUAUUCUUAUUCAUUAUAUCUAUCAUAGAUAUAUAAUAGUCACCAUAGCAACACAUAUCCAUUUAUUAAAUCGAUUAAAAUAUUUUUUUCAUUUUCUAAAUCAAUAUUGGAAAUGUAUUAUUCAAUAUGAUUAUAAAAAAAUAUUCAAACAUUAUUCUAUUCAUCCUAAUAAUUCAUAUCUAUUAAUUAUUAGUAAAUGUUAUAUAUUAUUAUUAAUCAUGAAUACAGUAUUAUGUAUAUCAACCAAAUAUACUAAACAUAAAAAUAUGACAUUAUACCCAGUAACAAUGAAUAAUAUGACAACCACCAUCACCACCACCACCACCACAACAACAACAACAACUAAUGAAUUGAUUGAAUCGAAUCAUUUAUAUACUAAUCCAAUACAAUCUAUUUAUCAUUUUAAACCACCUGAUUAUAAACGUCCAUGUAGAUAUCGUUUUAAUGAUGAUGUUGAAACUAGUACAUUAUUAGCUGAUUAUGUUAUAAUUGGUUGGCCAAUACAAAUAUAUCGUCGUCAAUUUGGUCCAUUAUAUAAUAUUAGUUUAUUAGUACAGAAUAUAUUAAAAACUGUUAAAUAUAGUAGAUUUCCUAUACGUAUUAAUCAUUUAUUAAGAAUAGGACAAUUUAGUAUAUUUCCAGAUCCUGGUCGAUGUUGGAUUAAUGUUCAUAAAAAUAAAAAAUAUAUAUUUUUUUUAAAUCAACCAGAUUGGUCUGGAUUUUCAAAAAUUACACAAUUACCUGUUGAAUAUACAAAUUAUGCAUAUAAUUCUAUUAUAAGAAUUAUGAAACUUGGUGCUGAUCCCCUUCAAAUGCGUUCAUUGUAUCAUGAAGAUGUAUUAAAGGUUAAUGAGGGAAAUGAUUUGUUAUUAUCAUGUCGUGUACGGGGCCGACCUACACCAUUAAUUUCAUGGUAUAUUAAUCAAACAGAAAUUAAAAAUCCAUGGAGAUUAGAAACAGGACGUGGAAUAAUUCAAAAAUCACGAUAUCUAUCGAAACUUCAGUUGAGUAAUGUACAUACCACUGACAAUGCUAAUUAUACAUGUUUAGCAGAGAAUUUAAAUGGUCAUAUACGUAAAUCAGUACAAGUGAUUGUUAAACCAGCAACUACUUCACCACCACCUACUACAACACCUCCCCCAACAACAACUGAAAUGACAACUACUUCUGUACAUCCUUGUCAUAAUUAUUGUCAUCGAGGACAUUGUUACAUCAUAGAUGGGAAACCAUAUUGCAGUUGUAUUUCCCAAUAUCGUGGAGUAAGAUGCGACCUUUUUACACCAGAAAAAGAAGAAAACCAUUUGGAUCAACUGCCAAUUAAUGAAUCAAAAUUUGAUUCAUGCGAAUCAGGCUGUGAAUCAAAUCUUGCUCGUGUACUUUUAUUUUCAACAAUCGGUAUUCUUCUUACAUUACUUUUCAUUUUUUUUCUAUGUUCAAUAAUUCAAAUUUGUUAUAAAAAGCGACAGUCAUCAAGCAGAACAUGCUCAUCAGUAGUGGUAAAAUCAACAGUUUCGAAACAAGAUAAUCCAGAAAAUAUUCCAUAUAAAUUGGAUCAACAUUCAAUCAAUUUAUCAUUACCUAAACAGAAUUAUUCAAAACUAUCUAAAAUAUAUCUUAAUCCAUUAUUUGAUACAUAUAUAACUAAAGCAUACACAAUGAAUACUAAAACUAAUCCUACGGAUAUAAGCUCACAAAGUACAAUGAACGAGAAUUCUAAACGUCAUCAUCAUCAGCAGUAUCAUCAGCGGUAUCAGCAGCAUCAUCAUAAUCUUUCUAAUCAACAGUUUCCCAUUACAAACAUAAAACAUAAUUGUACUAAUUAUAUUGAUCCUUCAACAUAUAUAUCUUCAAUAUCAACUAUAAAUAAAACUGAUCUAAACGUGAUCGAUCAUUCAAAUAUUCAUAAAAAUUUAUCAAUAUCAUCCAUUAUUGAUUUAAUUGAAAAUUCUUCAAUAUUAUCUGAUUCUUUAAUUAAUUAUUCUGAUAAUUUAUCACAUAUAAUGAAACAAUCAAUAAAUCAAUUAGAUCAUUCUAAGAUCAAUAAUAUAAAUCAUAUAGAAUCCAUGGGAACUUCUUUAUUAAAUAAUAUACCAAUAAUAAGUGAAUUCAAUGAUGAUAAAUCUAUUGAUCCAAUAAAUGAUCACACUCAUUUACCGAAUACUUAUACAAGUUCUAAUGGUUCAAAUCAAUAUAAUUUAUCAUUAAUUGAUCAAUAUCAAUCAAAUUAUAUACCAUGUUCAAAUGUAGACUCAAUCAUUCAUCAUAUACCAUUAAUGACUAACUUACCCUAUGAUAAUAAUAAUAAUAAUAAUAAUAAUAAUAAUAAUAAUAAUAAUAAUGUUAUAUUCAAUUUGAAUAAUACUAAUGAUAUGACAAAUAAUACAGAAUGUUUAAAUCAUUGCCAUUGUUCAACAUUCAAUAAACUAAAUAAUACAGAAAAUGUGUUACAUAACUCAUUAAUAUGGAAUCAUUCAAAUAAUAAUGAUCAUCAUCAUCAUAACACAAUGAUGAAUGCAUCCUCAUUAUCAAAUAACUCUUGUCAACAAUGUUUAAUACAUUAUCAUCCUCAUCAUUGUGACCAUGGAUACCAAAUAAAUCAAUAUGAAUAUUCUAAAAAUUCUCCAAUACAAUUAGAAUUCAAUUCAGUGACAAAUACUUCUAAGAGUUGUUAAUUUAUCUAAUUGAAAAUGAGAGUUUAAGAAAAAAAAUGUUUUUUCUUCUUUUUUUCAAGCUUUACUCCCUCUUUUGUCGUUGUUGUUGUGGUGGUGGUGGUGAUGGUGGUGGUAGUGGUGGUGGUGGUGGUGGUGGUGGUGGUUUAUACAUCUCUUGAGUAUUCAUUAUUACUAUGUGAAUUAUGUACAAUGAUUUAUAAUGUACGCACAGAAAAUAUAAAUCAUCAAUAUCAAGUAGUCUUUAUCACUCUGAAUAUUUACUUAUUUAUUCAUUACAUAUCAAAUAAUCUAAAUGAACAAUAUCUUUUACUUUCCCAUUUAAGAAAGUAUAAUAAUAAUAAUAAAGAAAUAAUAGAUGAUGGUUCAAUGGUUCCUGAUAUUACCUCCCCCCCCACCCAACCACCACAACUCCUACCCCCUAGAAAAAAAGUGUCCAAAAAAAGAACAUUUUGAAGGUUAAAUUUAUAAUAUAUAAAAAAAAACAAAUUGCAUGUUAACUGUUCCAGUGACUUUGAAUCAUGUUGUCAUUUUAAUCCGAAUUGUAUAUAAAGAUAAUCGUUUUCUGUCGUGAGGGGGAGAGGUGAUGAUGAAUGAUAUGAUAUUCUCUUUUUUUUCUCUUAUUCUCUCUGUCUCUGUCUCUCUCUCUCUCUCACACACACACACAUUUAUCGCUUUCAACCUACUAUAUGAUACACCUAUACCUUUUUUUCCAGCUUCUCAUCUAUUAAAAGAUAGACAUUUAAAAAGACAACAAAACUGAUAGGAAUCAUAAACUGCAAUAAAUUUGUUCAUUAUGAUGCUUAUACAAUCCAAGGAGACUAAUAUAAACUACUUCAUUGACAGAUUGAAUACAUAAGAAAAUCGACAACAACAACACCAAAAAAAAUUCACACAUUCCUUUAUACAAUAUUCAAUAUUCAAAGAUCCUUUCAAAAACAAAAACAGUAAAAACCAAACAAACAAAAAACAGUCAGUGAGAUAUCAUUCUAAUAUUAAAUGGUUCACAAUCUUUUUUCUUUACUCAAUUUCCAAUAUUGUUGUUGUUGUUGUUUUUUCUCUUUUUCUUUUCAUGAUUAUUUAGCUGUUUUUUUCUUCCCUUUUUUGUUUCUUCUCUGUUUGUUUUUUUGUUACAUCAAAUCAAAGUGAAGGUAACUAUUAUCACUAUGAUUAUUUCCGAUGGAUAAUGAUCAUCAAUGAUAUGUGAUUACUUAUGACAUAAUAAGAAAUAGUUUCAUUUGUACAGUUGGCUUUAUUCCAAAUAUACAUACAUAUAUAUAUAUAUAUGAACAGAACAACAGAACAAUUAAU